CCUUGCACAUUCUAAUCUGUCUAUUUUUGCUUGUUCUACACGCUUUUCCUGACUUUUGUAUUGAAUUGGUCGUAUGCCUGUUUUUAUAACUCUAUAGAUUAGAACUUGCAUAAAGAAUUCUACACGACUGGCUAUUUCUUUUUCAUCUUUACAUUUGAAAACAUUCGUGUUCUUUCCAUCCCUUGCCUCUGAGCUGGGCUUGGACUUUCUUCUCUGCAAUAAAGGAUAAAAAAUGGGGCAACUAUUCUGCUGUGCUCAAGUGGAACAGUCAACUGUAGCCAUCAUAGAAUCUUUCGGAAAGUUUGAUGAUGUGCUUGAGCCAGGUUGUCACUUUAUGCCUUGGAUCUUGGGCAAGCAGAUAGCUGGCUAUCUCUCCUUGCGUGUGCAGCAGCUAGAUGUUCGAUGUGAAACAAAGACAAAGGACAACGUCUUUGUUACUGUCGUUGCUUCUAUUCAAUAUCGGGCAUUAUCAGACAAGGCUGCAGAUGCCUUCUACAAACUCAGCAAUACCAGGGGGCAAAUUCAAUCCUACGUCUUUGAUGUUAUUAGGGCAAGUGUUCCAAAGUUGAAACUGGAUUCUGUUUUCGAGCAGAAGAAUGAUAUAGCGAGAGCUGUGGAAGAGGAACUAGAAAAGGCUAUGUCAGCAUAUGGAUUUGAGAUAGUUCAGACUCUCAUUGUGGAUAUUGAACCAGAUGAGCAUGUAAAGAGGGCAAUGAAUGAGAUAAAUGCUGCUGCUAGAAUGAGAGUGGCUGCAAAUGAGAAAGCGGAAGCAGAGAAGAUAAUGCAGAUAAAACGCGCUGAGGGAGAUGCAGAGUCCAAGUAUCUGGCUGGACUUGGCAUAGCUCGGCAGCGUCAGGCCAUUGUAGAUGGACUGAGGGAUAGUGUGCUGGCUUUCUCUGAGAAUGUACCUGGGACCACAUCAAAGGAUGUUAUGGACAUGGUUCUGGUGACUCAAUACUUUGACACUAUGAAAGACAUUGGUGCAUCGUCAAAGUCCAACUCCGUUUUCAUCCCACAUGGACCAGGUGCUGUUAAAGACAUUGCUGCACAGAUAAGAGGCGGCCUCCUUCAAGCAAAUACAACACAGAAUUAGUAAUUUUAAGUCCAGCAUACAUGUUGGAGGGAUGACUUUUCUGAUUGUAUACAAAGAGAUUGGUGAUAUUGUUUAAUUCAAGUUCUCUUUUUAUUCUUUA